AUGUUGUCCGUUGUCUCAUGCAAGCGAACCCUGAAUCGCAUCUUGAAGGAGGCAUCUGCCAGAUAUGCUGGUACCCAUGAGGUCAAUGGCGGCCAAGUACAAGCAUCGAAGGCUGAACUUCAGGCUUUGCUAGAGGAGACCAACUCGCUAUGGGAAGAAGUUGUACCCGUAGCUCAUAUGGCGGUUGAGAAAACCAUGCUGGAGCCGAUCUUGAAGCUGGUAAACACAAAAGGGGAAGCCCAGAACUAUCAGAAUGCCAUCAUAGGAUCAUAUAUUGGCAACUGCUUAGCAUACAUGAAUGACCGCCUUGAGGCACUCUCAGAUCGCAUUGGCACGGCGAUCCACCACCAUUACGCCCUGCUCAAUACAUUUGAAUGUCACCAGGCAUUGCGCAAUCCCCAUAUACCCAAGUCUUUGCAGGGGGCCGAGUCAACACAGACCACAAAUCCUGUUCGACCAUCAAAGGGGUCGCAAAUGGCAUUCAAACAAGUUUGUCGGGGACUUGAGGUGCAUGGAGACAUUCCCGCCAGAUCCUUCGACUUUGCACUCUCUACAAUGAAACGAACCACCCUGCUCAAUGAUAUCAUGGCGCAGCGCUUGAUGAAAGAUGAUGACAGACUCAGGGUUCUCGAACACAACUUCGAGAAUGUCAUCAAAGCGAGUCUUAGAGAAGGCCCUAAUAUAAAUCUCGAAAUUUUGGGGCGCCUCGCUGCGGAGAGUUUGAAGGGUACUGGCGACCAAGGCGCAAUUCUUCGUGAUGCACAAACAGAGGAAUCUUUGGAAGCUCUCGAAGUCGAAAACAAGCAAUUGAGUUCUCUUUUGGAGAUUCUUCCCAACCGUCGAGACAUCCAAAACUACCGAAAUGACUUCAAAGGCGCCGAGAUCAUGAAACGCUGGAGCGAGCCAAUGGGUCCCUCAAGAUGA